AUGAUAAAAGAACGAAAUAAACAAAUUAAAGAUCAAUAUCGAAAAUAUAGUGUUAUUGGAAAGAAAAAAGCUAAUGUCAAAUGUAUUAUAGCUAAAAAAUCUCAACAUGGAACUGUUCGACCAUCUGACCAAGAAGAUAUCCAAAUAAAUAAAGUUAAAAGUUUAGAAGAACUCUUCAUAAAUGAAUUAAGACCAGAUUUAGAACUUUCAGAAUUUUUCGGUCGAGGUAUCCAAUAUUUGCUUGAAAUUAAUGAAAAGAAUUUCAUCCCAUGGCUUAGCAUUGCCACUAUAGGUGCCAUAGCUGCUGUUCAAAUGGCAGUAGGUGGAGUUCUUAUUGGAACUGGAUUCGGACUCACUUUAGGUAUGGGUCUGAUUACUGAAGGAGCAAUAGAUUUGUUCACUGCUUAUGGAGCCUAUAGAAAAAGACAAUUUUCUUGGUUAGAUUAUGCAAUGCACAAAGCAGUAGGUCUAGCUAUCACGGCUGCUUCAUUGGGAAUUUCAGCAAUUAAGAGUAUGGGUCAAGGAACUAAGGCAAUAGUAACAGCCAUAGGGGAACAAGCAAUUGAACAAAUUACUACACAAACAAUAUCAAAUGACAGAUUGACAACUCAUAUAGUACUCCACAUUGGAAAAAAUUUGAAACGCCAAGCUAUAGGACAAAUGAUGUUUUGGGCCAGUGGGAGGCUAUUAGGAGAAUCUUUGAUGGCAUUAAAUAGAUCAUCAGAUAUAGGUUUUUCUUUUGUACCCGAUCAAUUGAAAUCACAAAUUUCGGAGUCCAUUCAGCAUAAGGUCAACAAUGUACUCCGUGAUCGAGAUUUAGAUAUACUAUUGGAAAAAAUGUAUGGAAUCGACAAAAUAAAUAAAAAUCAGCAACUAAAGGAAGAAAUAAAAAAAAUAACAUUUGAAGUGAUUAAUUCUCAGCGUAGUUUUUGGCGCAAACAGUGGGAUUCUAUUGGUGGUCCACUAUGUAAAGGUAUUUUAUCAAGUGCAGAAAAAAUACCAAGUGCAGCAAAUAUGGGCCUUAUAAUAGCUGGUAUUCUAAAUACAACACAUGAAAUUACUUUUAUUCUUGAAACAACUCGUGAACAAUUAUUAAAGAAACUUUCAGGAUUCGAUCAGGAAAAUUUAUCAAUGCAGCAGAUUCUCUAUCGUUAUUGUAGAUUCAGUAAAGAUGACGCCAAGAAAAUUGCAAAUCUUCUUGAGAAACAAGGUAUAAUAGAGCUAAAUAGCGAGUUAAUAAAUGAACAAUUUCUCACUAAAUUAAAUCAAAUUGAUUUUUCUGAAUUUGAUAGGCAAAAAGAUUAUAUUUUAAACUUUCUAACAUUACUACACAAAAAUAUGUUUAAUUCGGAAACGAAUAAUUUUAGUAAAUUAAUGCAAUUAGUAUCAGACAGACUUACAGAUCAAAUAUUGAGAAUAGUAGAAUCGCAGCUGACUUCAUCAAGGAGUGGUUAUUUUGGAGAUAGGUCAACAAAGGCUCUUUCAGAAAUACAUCAGGUUGUUGUUGAUGAAAAAAAUAAUUCAGAGAGUCAAAACCGAGAAAAACAAGAAGAAGUAAGAGAAAAUAACAUUAGCAUUGCUAAACAAAAUCAAUAUAAUGUUAAAGAUUAUAUUUUAGAAUAUAGUCAAUGUGAAAGCAAGUCGAAUCAAUGA